AUAAUCCCUCUUACCGUAACAAAUUAAUCUCAUGCAUGAAAUAUAUAAAUUUACGUGCAUAUAAUAUUAAUUAAAAAGUUUAGUCCUCAUUUCUCCGUAACUAACUAAUCUGUAGCAAUUGGAUGGUACCAAAAUUAUCCCCCUUCUCUCAGUUCUCUGAUCUUGAUAAAGCAACGAUCCAAGGAACGAAAAAGGGCAUGCUAGUCAUUGUAAUGUGACGACGGAAAGUAAUUCCAAGGCAGCCUGCGCAUUCUUCGCUCCCUUCAAUUCCUUCUUAGUGCUUCUCUCUCGUAUUCCACCGAUCCAGAUCUGAUCGCCCUCCAAACGCUGAGAAGAAAAGUUAGAAAAGCAGAGAUUUUAACCGAAACACAACGCAAUGGCGGUGGAAUCGCCUCCGGCCAAGUACAAGCUGGUGAUAGUCGGUGAUCAAUCGGUCGGCAAAAGCAGCAUUAACACUCGCUUCUUGUACCACAGAUUCAAUACUACCUAUGAGGCUACGAUUGGAAUUGAUUUUUUUUCAAAGACAAUGUACCUUAAAGAUCAAACAGUUCGCUUGCAAUUGUGGGAUACUGGUGGUCAAGAGAGGUUUAGAAGUCUUAUCCCUAGUUACAUAAGAGAUUCUUCUAUUGCAGUGAUAGUAUAUGAUGUUGCAAACCGUGAAUCAUUUUUGAACACUUCAAAAUGGAUUGAGCAAGUACGCAAUGAAAGAGGCAGUGAUGUCAUUAUUGUUCUUGUUGGGAACAAAAUUGAUCUUGUUGAUAAAAGGCAAGUUUCAAUAGAAGAAGGUGAUGCCAAGGCUCGGGAGUUCGGUGUCAUGUUUAUAGAAACCAGUGCUAAAGAUGGAUUCAAUAUUCAGUCCCUCAUGGCUCAAGUCGCGCUUCGCAUUCAGGUUGUCAAACUAGAAUCUACCUUGGAGGCGGAGCGGAAGAAUGUGGAGCGACUGAUGUUAGAGGUGGAGGCUUCCCGCCGAGAGGCUUUAGACGAGUACAAGGGGUCGGUCGUUUUUCGGGAGGAUGUUAUGGCAGAGGCUCACCGUCAUCUACAGGAGUUGGCUAUGGAGUGGCUGGGCACGCCAGUUGGGAAACAGUUCCUGGUCGACUCCAGAAAUAAGGACUACCACUUAGGUGCACAGGAUAUGCAGAAGAGAAUUUAUGCAGUGCUUCUAGCCCGAGAUAGUACUUUUGUGCCCGAGGAGAAAGGAUUUCCCAGAUGGUUGGCUGACAAUGAGCCCCGAGUCACCGUACCUACUACCCACACUAAUCACCAGGGGGUUAAAGACACUAAAAGAGUCACUUCAGAAGGCAAUGGCGACAACUCAGAGAUCCUGAUGGACCUUGCAUAUUUGGACUCGACUGCUAACCUUACAUCUUUGGCAGCGAUGGGUCGUGCUCCGGUUCCCCCGGUGCCCGACACCAAACGUCAAACUGUUACGGACCUAAAGGAAGAAGAAGAUCAAUCAAGCGCCUUGCAACUUAAUCACACCCACCGUGGGGCAACCGACUUUGUUUCAUCCACUAGGCCAUCGGACGGUGGAGUGACCGGAGUCCCUCAGGCCCAGGCUGAGCUUUGCCAAAAACUCAAGCUUCCCUUGGCCAGCGCUGAAGCCAUCCAGUGGGGCCCCUCCUACCCUGCCAAGCAAAUGGAGGUCCUGAACUGUCAUAUCAACGAAUUGAAAUUUACCUUAGAGGCGGAACGCAGGAAUGCUGAGCGGUUGACGCUAGAGGACCUGAACCUUCAGAUUGCCCAAUUGAAAUCUACCUUGGAGACAGAGCGGAAGAAUGCUGAGCGGUUGAUGCUGGAGGUGGCUACUUCUCGCCAAGCGGCCUUGGACGAAUACAAGGGGUUGGCUAUUUUCCGGGAUGAUGUUAUGGUAGAGGCUCACCAACAUUUGCAGGAGUUAGCCAUGGAGUGGCUAGGCACGCCAACAAGGAAACAGUACCUGGUUAAUUCCGGAAAGAAGGACUACCACUCGGGUGCACAGGAUAUGCAGAAGGAAAUUUAUGCGGUGCUUUUAGCCCAAGAUCCUACUUUUGUGCCCGAGGAGGAAGGCUUUCCCGGAUGGCUGGUUGACUAUGAGCCCUAUGUCACUGCUCCUACUACCCUCGCUAAUCACUAGGGGGUCGAGAACACGGAAAGAGUCACAUCCAAAGGUGCAAGUGGCAAUUUAGAGAUCUCAAAAGACAUAUCUGGACUCGAUUGCUAACCUUACAGCCUUGGUAGAGAUGGAUCGCACUAUGAUUUCCCAGUCACCUAACACCGAACUUUAGACUAUUACGCACCUAGGGAAGAAGAGGAUCAGUUCAUUGCAACUUCACCGCACCCGUCGUGAGAUAAACGACUUCCCACCUACUGGUCAUCAAUGUGUGGAGCAAUCGGAGCCCCUCAUUCAGGGCUUGAUUUUGUCUGAUCUGAUAAGAUCUAUUUGGUAUUUUGCUCCCCCCCCCCCCCUCUCACUCUCUCUCUCUCUCUCUCUCUAUUUAUAAUAAUAGAAAUAGGGUGUUUUGAAAAUUUUAAUGAAAGUGAAAAUGCUCGGUCUAACUUGGACCAAAAUCCUUUGACUUUUCGCCCAUCCCUACAAAAAAUUCGUUCAUCUAUCCCUCGAUGAUCCAGUCACUUUCCUUCCUUGCGCACCUCGUGUAACACCACAGUUUUCCUUAUCCAAAAUUUCGCUAUUUCCUUUUUUUUUUUUUUACAAUAAAUCACUUUCAAUUGCGGAAGCAUAAUCUUCUAACCAAUAGGAAAUGAGAUCUUACCGCCAGGUGUAAAUAUUUAACUAUAUCAAAAUGCACAGGCUAAAAUUCAACUUAAUUAAAAAUAACACAUUUCUAACAACAACCUUUAAGUUAUCUAAAACUCCAUUGUUCGAACUAAGCGAUGAAUAUUUGCUCUCAUACUCCAAAUUUCAUGAAA